UGCAUUUUUAUUGACGUGUCCGAAAUGACAACUGCGGCGUUUUUUGUGAUGUUUAGUGGGUAAAUAUUAAUUUCUAUAAUAAAUGUGGGAUAUUUUCAACUAAAUCAGCAAAUAUUUAAUAUUCUACACAACAGAGCUUAGUAUAGCAGCUGGGCAAAAUGUCGUAUACCGGUCGAACAAGUGGUCCAAACGAUUUCUAUGCAAGCGGAGGUGAGCAGUCGUAUAAUUUCGAGGUGCCCGAGUUCGGCCAAGAGCUGAAUUUUCAAACCUUUGACAAUACACAGAGCUCUGUUCCACCGAAUUACGAUGCUGCAUAUGGAGCAAGCAAUCAAGGACUGGGUGGUUUCUAUGAUCCCAAUGCAUAUGUAAGUCAGACGUAUGAUCAGGAUUCGGGGUUCAAACCAGGUGCUUCCGGAAGCGAGUUCGAUGAUGAGCCUCCUUUAUUGGAAGAACUGGGAAUCAAUCCGCAUCAUAUUUUUCUAAAGACACUGGCUGUGCUAAAUCCUAUGCGCGCCACGGACCAAUCCAUUCUCCAGGACACUGACAUGGCCGGUCCAUUGGUCUUUUGUUUGGCUCUAGGUGGAUUCCUUCUACUGAGUGGCAAAGUAACAUUCUCGUACAUUUAUGGCAUCGGCGUGAUGGGCUGCAUCGCCUUCUAUUGUCUGCUGUCGCUGAUGGCAACACAAGCGCAAGUAACCUUCGGUGCUGUGGUCUCGGUACUCGGCUAUUGUUUGCUACCCAUGGUGGUGUUGUCCGGUAUUAACGUUUUAAUCACCAUACAGGGUACAUUGGGACUAAUUGUCGCUGGCGUUGCGAUACUCUGGUGCGCAAUGUCUGCAUCGAAGCUCUUCGUGACGGCCUAUUCAAUGGACCAUCAACAAGUGCUGAUCGCGUAUCCGUGUGCUCUCUUGUAUGGCGUUUUUGCGUUGAUUACGAUUUUUUAAAUACAAAACCAUGCAACCAAGCACAAUAGUGGCCUAGUAAAAAUUAAAUGUAUAACAUUGAUAAUAAUAAUGGUGGCGAUAUGAGGAAAGUAACAAGAAAAAAACUAAACAAAAACAGCGAACGAAAUUACAAAAAAACUGUAGUUUUUGAAUUCAUAUUUUAUAUUAUAAUAAAUUACUGAUAAAUUUAA